UUCAGCGGACACACACACAGACACACACACUUACACACACACCCCAAAAUAAAGAAGUAACAAACAGAAACCUCUGUCCUUGUGUUACAGUCACUGGUAGGGUAGCUUGCCCUUUACAGUGUCUCUCUGGUUGGCUUCUUUUGGGGGCCUUUGGAGAUCUGCGAGGCCCCCCACGCAAUAAGGUGCAUGAGUUAGAUGUUUGGUUUCAUUUGGUAAGAGGAAAUUUAUCAGAGUUGAGCAAUGGUACAGGGACAGUUUUGAAACCCCUUGAGAAAGCAUCAGAGUUGCAGAUCGUGUGUCAGGCGGCGAGGAAUCCAUGCUGCAUCCGUACAGAAUGGAGGGGUACAUCAUCCCACCCAAAGAAGAGAGUAGAGAGAGAGUAACCUGGACUGGCUGGAUGUCACAGACACCGUUUGUACAAAAAGAUUACUGGGCAGUUUUAACUAAAGAUCAGCAAACAGAGGAAAUGUUUGAAUCAGACAUGUAUCGACCACCAAUGGAGUAUCAAUACAUCAUCGAUGAGGGACAAAAUGAUCACACUUGGGAGUACAAUUCACAUCAUGUCCAUCCAGUGGAUUUUGACAACCUGCCAGAGAGCCAUUUCACAGAGUUACAGAGCGUGCAGCCACUACAUGUUUCGAAUGUGCAUCGCUUCCCAGAUGCCGAGCCUGGCCAUUUCAUCGACCCAGGGUUGAACGGGCAUCACCUCACCUUUCCUCCUCCACAGAUGACAUAUUUGCCCCGGCCAUCGGUGUGUUACCCUCACAGUGUACAGCCCUCUCCUCUCCAGCGCAGCUCAGAUGAUGAUGACCCUGGCAGUCGCAGUCCUCCUUUAGAGGUGUCUGAUGAGGAGUGCAUGAGGGAUCACAUUUCUUCAACAACAGGGGGAGAACAUGGUAACAAGAAGAAAAUUCGCUUGUAUCAAUUCCUGCUGGACCUUCUGCGAAAUGGUGACAUGAAGGACAGCAUCUGGUGGGUGGAACGAGAAAAGGGAACAUUCCAGUUCUCAUCCAAGCACAAGGAAGCUUUAGCUCACCGCUGGGGCGUACAGAAGGGAAACCGCAAGAAGAUGACCUACCAGAAGAUGGCGAGGGCUCUGAGAAACUAUGGCAAGACGGGAGAGGUCAAAAAGAUCAAGAAAAAACUCACCUACCAGUUCAGUGGAGAGGUCCUUGGGAAAAGCCACACUGAAAGGAAGCUUUACAUGUAAACAAAUGCGUAAGGAAAGAUAGAGGGAGAAAACAGACUUGGAGAAAACAAGAGGGAACCUUUCUCUUCCAUGAAAAGAGCAAUUAACUCGUAUGGACAUGAACUAUAAGAACGUUACCCUAUGUUAUGAAACUCAACCAUUUUAAUUUCCAUCCUUUUUAAUUGUAGUAUUCACUUUUGCAUUAAUGAAGUACAUUUUAAAUCCCUUUAAGCAUUUCAAUAACUUUCGUGCUCCAACAUUUACCACAGGAUCUGUAUUCUUUAUAUACUUAUGAGAGUACAAAUUAAAAAAGAGCUAAAACUUAUGUGAUGCGUAUGAUAUGACCAAAGUGGGCAGAUUAUAAAAAUGAGACUAAACAGAAUUCUCAAGUAGGGAUACUUGUGAACUUCACCACAACGGAAAAAAAUAUCACAAAAAUACAAAAAGCAGAAGUGAAAACCAAUGACACAGACUCAACACAGAAAACUCUGUCACGUCUGGGGAGUAAACACAAAGACGGAAGAUCGUCAUUUUCUACUCAUUUUUGUACUGUUUUUCUCUCAAAUUCACAAGAACAAAAUCUUCGUAGAAGCUAGACAAAUAAACAUUAGUUCUCAGUACAAAGUGAUAAGUGUAUUUGCUGUAAACCGUUCCCCUAAAAGUUGUUGCAUAUUUAAUGUAAUCAAAUCCUUACAAUUGUGGGAAAUUCUGAGUGAACACAGACACCAAUGAAAGUUGCCUUUAUAAGAAAUUGAAAACCUAAAUGUAGCCUAAAUGUAACCAUUAGAGAACCAUUAGAGAAACUACAGCAAAAGAACAUCCAAUAAAUGCAAAAUUGUGUCUUAGCGACAUCUGUCAGUAGAUCACUGAAGUGCAAAAACACAAUAUUGAAGUAAUUUUCUAUUA